AGUGCGAACCACGAAAAAACAAGCUCUCUUCUGUGACCGGUUCGCGAGAACCCCGCGCUGUGUUGUGGUCCUUACCACCCCCAACCCACCAGAAAAUACUCCUAAGAAAACCCGGCCGGGCAGACGACGACGCGGGAAACCAUCAAGGUAACGGACAGCUUAAACAGAACAGUGCGCCAGAAGCCAAGAAAUUUGAUAAAUUUCCGUGGGAAAAUGAACCGAGGGAUAGGUUUUAUUUCGUUCAGGUGGUACUUUUCCUCUUGGGGACGGUUAGUUUGUUACCUAUGACGUUCUUUACGACUGCGACUGAGUAUUGGAUGUAUAAGUUCCGAAAUACCUCAUUAGACGCCGAUGAUCCAGAUCACCGAACGUAUCUACAAGCCAAUUUCGCUUCUCUCCAAAUGUUUGCAGUCGUAUACCCAAUGGUCAUCACAAAUUUUAUUGCAGUAUUCAUCGGUCACAAAGUAAAACCCAAAAUCAGAGUCAUAGCUUUUCUUUGUUCAAUAUGUAUGGUACUAGCCACCCACACUGCAUUCGUGAAAAUUGACACCGACGAUUGGCAAGUUUCAUUUUUUAUCAUCACUAUGGCAUGUCAAGUGUUCAUAAGCGGUGCUAUGGGUUUAGGUGGUAUAGGAUGCGUCACCUUAGCCUCAUAUUUUCCUCCACAUUACACAAAAACUUUUUUGAUGGGACAGGGAUUAGGCACUUUAGUCACGGCAGUUUUGAGAUUGAUAUCGGUCACAGCCGCGCCUUCCGCAUUGGGUGGUGGUUUUAUUUUCUUUAUAACUGGAACGGUUAUAAUGGUUUUAGCACAAAUUAUGUUUAUCAUUGCGACGCGUUCAAGUUUUUUCAGAUACUAUGCUAACGCAACUAAAGAAGAAACCAAAAAGAAGAUAAACUCGAUCAGGGAUAUUUUCAAAGCUCUUAAAUUAAUUUGGAAAGUGGUUGUACUAAAUAGCACACUGUUGCUAUUUCCGGCUAACGCCAUUACUAACCUCGUUGUUUCUGAGGAAUACGACAGCGAAACUGUAUGGAGCAAAACCUACUUUGUAACUGUUGCCACGUAUCUAAUACCAGCAGUAUGUGAUAUAGCAGGCAGAGCCCUGUCAAACAAAUUUGAUAAGGACUUUUCUUGGUCGUUUCUGUUUAUUGCUGUAACAGUUAGGACUUCGAUUAUCAUUCCGACCAUAUUCUUUUCCAAUGCACGUCCAAGAAACCACACAGAUGUCAUAUUCAACCAUGACUGGGAAUAUAUAUUGAUAAUGGCAUUUCAUCAGUGCAGUUUAGGCUUCUUUAUGAACGCAAUUACGCUGAAAAACAUUAGACUUGUCCCAAAAGAUAAACUGGAUCUAUCCUUUUCUGUAAGCAUGUUAUUUUUGGGAGGAAUGGCGGCAAUUACCUCGCCUCUUGGAAUCAUUUUGGUCAGUCUUUUGUAAACAUAAUUAGGAUCAAGCGAUAAGAAUUCAGGCUGUGUAAAAUUAAUUUUAAAAAUAAUUUAAAUUAAUUGAUAAAUAUUUCAAUAUUCUCUACUUUUUACGGUAAUGAAAGAUUCCUAUGAGAAAUUUGGAAUUCCAGGAAAAUGGCACAAAUCCAGCCAAAUAUCUAACAGAUAAGUUUGUAAGCGUUCCCAUCUUCAAAUCAAUAUAAUAUUAUUUAUUUAGUUUGUGAGCACUGUACAUUUGGAAAAUUUUAUUUACCGAGCAACAGAAAAAUCGUCAAAACUAAUAUUCAAAUUUUCUCAAAGAUCUGAAGGGUUUGUUGAUGGGUAUAUAUUUUGUUAACUUGAUUGCAGGUUAUUAUUUUUAGCAAAACGCAUGUGAAUCUAAUUUUUCAUCCCCGAAAUGCGAUUUUUUUUAAAUAAUUGAUAAUGGCCUACGUUGUUGUUGUUAAUUUCAUAAAAGAAAAAAAAAUGCAAAUUAGAUUUGGUGGCUUUUUACAUUAUUUUCUACUUUUGAAUUUUGUUAUGCCGAUGUACGUCGGUUAUGUUAUUGAAGAAGAUGGCUUAAUUCCACAAAAAAAAUGUGGAUUCGAAUUGUCGUUGUGUCUGUUUGCGCUGAACGAACCAGUGAAACUUUACUUCCUGUAAUGAAUCCUAUAAAAUGACCUGAUCGUAAAAGCUUUUCGAGUUAAUUUGUAGGGUCAGUUUCAGGGUUAUUUUCUUUUUUUAUUGCACCAACGUAAGUAGUAUUGCGAUUUUCCGUAACUUAACGAGCAUUAAAGGCAAAAGUUGGAAAAAAUAUCAUACCAAAACACCGGGAAAGAGAGAGCGUAAAAGUAAAUAAUGUUUGACAUAGUUGUAUAGGGUGUUUCUAAAAAAUGUCAACAAAAUUAGCAAAUUAACUUAGUUUGAAAUUGGCGACAAUUACAUUUAAAUACAAUUUUGAAUUUUCUACUUCACAAAGACUACCAAGUUUUUUUUAUGCAAAAUGACUAUAAUUUUUUUAUUCAGGAACUGAUUUCCUGGACAUUUUUAAGCGUUAAAAUUCGAUAAAGUAACGUAAUGGGAAUAUUCAAAUUAUUUUGAAUAACAAAUUUGGGUGUUAUUUUUGAGAAUAAACCUUUUAGAAAAAAAUUAUGACUAUUUCAAAUCAGAAUUGCAGUGUGAGGCGGGUACCAAAUUUUAAGGUAAUACAUUACAAAAUAUUCAUAAAAUUUUAAAGAAUCGAUAUCUGUUUUUUAAUUUCAUCACCCUGUAUCUUACAUACCCCUUUAAGACACAUUCUAUAGAAAAAGACAAAGUGACUAAUAAAUUGUAAAAGGAAGUAGAUCCUUACUUUCAAAAAAUGAAUUGUAAAUUCACCAUUGGAAUGGCACACUCAAUAAUUGCCACCACUUUGGAAUGUUAAUUGUUGUAUUGUUCCUAUGUUAUC